GGGCAGAGGGUGGGAGCUGCUGGCUUGGGACCGGCUCAACACCUCUUGGGGAAAAGCAUCUCCGGCCACGCAAAGCAACCUCAUCACUUCCUCCCUUGAGGAGCUCGGCAGCAGACGGGGGCCACAGGCGUGGAACUUCCCACUUUGUUUCAGGACAGCCGGCAGCACGUCCCUCCCUUCCUCUGGGUUUGUAGUUGUUUGUUUGAACUUGAGACUUCCUGAGGCCUGGAAGGUGUUUUUGGCUUGCUCCAUAAGGCGAGGAGGUCCAGCCCACGCAGGCCCCCACCCUGUUCGAGGAAGGAAAGGCCCAGAACUUGCACACAGCAGGGCAGGCGCGGCGGCUGGGUUUCUCUAGCACCUCGGCAUUGUCUGCCUGCUCUUCCAGGCGUGCAGGGCGGUGGUGGCUUGGGCCAGGCUCUGGGAGGCCGGGCACUCUGAGGAGGUGGCUCAGCCCUCUUGGGUUCUUUCUCAUGACUUGAUGAAGCCCAGAGUCACCAGAGUCCUGAGCACCUGUCUCUUGUGACCAUGAGGCACCCGCCCGGCUUUUAGCUGUCGCAGCAGAGACCCGAAGGCUGUGGCUCCAGCAUCAGGGGGUCGCCUGUGGUCCCUGCGUGAAGAACCAGAGCUGCCUCCGCUUUGUAGCAGCCUUUGUGACAGGGCGGUUCGAUGGCCGAGAAGGGAGCAUCCCGGGGAACCCUGCGGCGGCUGUGGUCACUGCCCAGGAGGCGCCGCGGAACUGCAGGGCGCUCGAGGCCAGAUGAAAUCAUGCACCAGGACAUCGUCCCGCUCUGCGCUGCCGACAUCCAGGACCAGCUAAAGAAGCGCUUUGCUUACCUGUCCGGUGGGCGGGGGCAGGACGGAAGCCCGGUUAUCACCUUCCCUGACUACCCGGCCUUCAGCGAGAUUCCGGACAAGGAGUUCCAGAAUGUCAUGACCUACCUCACCAGCAUCCCCAGCCUGCAGGACGCUGGCAUCGGAUUCAUCCUGGUGAUAGACCGGCGACGGGACAAAUGGACCUCUGUGAAGGCGUCCGUCCUGCGCAUCGCAGCAUCUUUCCCGGCAAACCUGCAGCUCGUCCUCGUGCUUCGCCCGACGGGUUUUUUCCAAAGGACUCUCUCCGACAUCGCUUUCAAAUUCAAUAGAGAUGACUUUAAGAUGAAGGUGCCGGUCAUAAUGCUGAGCUCCGUACCAGACUUACACGGUUACAUCGAUAAGUCGCAGCUGACCGAGGACCUGGGUGGGACCCUGGACUACUGCCACUCCCGGUGGCUGUGCCAGCGCACGGCCAUCGAAAGUUUUGCCCUCAUGGUGAAGCAGACGGCUCAGAUGCUGCAGUCCUUCGGGACCGAGCUGGCCGAAACAGAGCUGCCCAAUGACGUCCAGUCGACAAGCUCAGUGCUGUGUGCGCACACAGAGAAGAAGGACAAGGCGAAGGAGGAUUUGAGGCUGGCACUGAAAGAGGGGCACAGUGUCCUGGAGAGCCUCAGGGAGCUGCAGGCUGAGGGCUCAGAGCCCAGUGUGAACCAGGACCAGCUUGACAACCAGGCCACAGUGCAGAGGCUCCUGGCCCAGCUGAACGAAACCGAGGCUGCCUUCGAUGAAUUCUGGGCAAAGCAUCAGCAGAAACUGGAACAAUGUCUGCAGCUCCGGCACUUUGAGCAGGGCUUCCGGGAGGUCAAAGCCAUCUUGGACGCAGCGUCCCAGAAGAUAGCAACCUUCACAGACAUCGGCAACAGCCUGGCGCAUGUGGAGCACCUGCUGAGGGACCUGGCCAGCUUCGAGGAGAAAUCAGGCGUGGCCGUGGAGAGGGCCCGGGCCCUGUCUCUGGACGGCGAGCAGCUCAUUGGGAACAAGCACUACGCAGUAGACUCCAUCCGCCCAAAGUGCCAGGAGCUCCGGCACCUCUGUGACCAGUUCUCUGCGGAGAUCGCAAGGAGGAGGGGGCUGCUCAGCAAGUCCCUGGAGCUGCACCGCCGCCUGGAGACGUCCAUGAAGUGGUGUGAUGAAGGGAUUUACCUGCUGGCCUCACAACCUGUGGACAAGUGCCAGUCUCAGGAUGGCGCGGAGGCUGCCCUCCAGGAAAUCGAGAAGUUUUUGGAGACCGGUGCGGAAAAUAAGAUCCAGGAGCUCAACGCGAUUUACAAGGAAUACGAAUCCAUCCUCAACCAAGAUCUCAUGGAGCACGUGCGAAAGGUCUUCCAGAAGCAGGCAAGCAUGGAGGAGGUGUUCCACCGCAGGCAGGCCAGCCUGAAGAAGCUGGCGGCCAGGCAGACGCGGCCCGUGCAGCCAGUGGCCCCCAGACCCGAGGCACUGGCAAAGUCGCCCUGCCCCUCCCCAGGCAUCCGGCGAGGCUCUGAGAACUCCAGCUCCGAGGGCGGUGCGCUCCGGAGAGGGCCCUACCGGAGGGCCAAGAGUGAGAUGAGUGAGAGCCGGCAGGGCCGCGGCUCAGCGGGGGAGGAGGAGGAAAGCCUGGCCAUCCUGCGCAGGCACGUGAUGAGCGAGCUCCUGGACACAGAACGGGCCUACGUGGAGGAGCUGCUGUGCGUCCUGGAGGGCUACGCCGCGGAGAUGGAUAACCCGCUGAUGGCUCACCUCCUGUCAACAGGCCUUCACAACAAGAAGGAUGUUUUGUUUGGAAACAUGGAGGAAAUCUAUCACUUCCACAACAGGAUAUUCCUCAGGGAGCUGGAAAACUACACUGACUGCCCAGAACUGGUUGGAAGAUGCUUUCUGGAGAGGAUGGAGGAUUUCCAGAUCUACGAGAAGUACUGUCAGAACAAGCCCCGCUCCGAGAGCCUGUGGAGACAGUGCUCCGACUGCCCGUUUUUCCAGGAAUGCCAGAGAAAGCUGGACCACAAGCUGAGCCUGGACUCCUACCUGCUGAAGCCAGUGCAGAGGAUCACCAAGUACCAGCUGCUGCUCAAGGAAAUGCUGAAAUACAGCAGGAACUGCGAGGGGGCUGAGGACCUGCAGGAGGCGCUGAGCUCUAUCCUGGGCAUCCUGAAGGCCGUGAACGACUCCAUGCACCUCAUCGCUAUCACCGGCUAUGACGGGAAUCUCGGCGACCUGGGCAAGCUGCUGAUGCAGGGCUCGUUCAGCGUCUGGACCGACCACAAGAGGGGCCACACCAAGGUGAAGGAGCUGGCCAGGUUCAAGCCCAUGCAGCGGCACCUGUUCCUGCACGAGAAGGCAGUGCUCUUCUGCAAGAAGCGGGAGGAGAAUGGGGAGGGGUAUGAGAAAGCACCCUCCUACAGCUACAAGCAGUCCUUAAACAUGGCUGCCGUCGGCAUUACGGAGAACGUGAAGGGAGAUGCUAAGAAGUUCGAGAUCUGGUACAACGCGCGGGAGGAGGUCUACAUCGUCCAGGCGCCAACUCCUGAGAUUAAAGCCGCGUGGGUGAAUGAAAUUCGGAAAGUGCUGACCAGCCAGCUGCAGGCUUGUAGAGGUGAGGCCGUCUUCAAGCGAUCGUUUCCCGUAGCUUCCGCUCCAGAAGCCAGCCAGCACCGGGCGCUGGAGCAGUCACAGAGCCUGCCCCUGCCGGCCCCGACCAGCACCAGUCCCUCAAGAGGAAACUCAAGGAACAUAAAGAAGCUGGAAGAAAGGAAAACAGACCCCCUAAGCCUGGAGGGAUACGUCAGCUCAGUGCCAUUGACAAAGCCCCCCGAAAAGGGCAAAGAUGACACGGUCACUAGCUCUGCCUCAGAAAGCUCUGCGCUUUCCAGAAAGCGCUUUACCCUGCAGGGCUUUGCUAACCUCAAAGGUCAGAAAGCUUCUCCUACCAGUCCUGACAAAAAAGCCAAGCGGCAUGAAGUAAAGAGCGACCCGACUCCCUUUGGUGUGCGAGGUUGGAGCAAAACGUCCCACUCACUGGAGGCACCUGAGGACGACGGGGGCUGGUCAAGUGCAGAGGAGCAGAUUAACUCGUCCGACACAGAGGAGGACGGCGGGUUGGGCCCCAAGAAGCUGGUUCCAGGUAAAUAUACGGUCGUGGCGGACCACGAGAAGGGAGGCCCCGAUGCGCUGCUCGUGAGGAGCGGGGACGUGGUGGAGCUGGUGCAGGAGGGCGACGAGGGCCUUUGGUACGUCAGGGACCCGACCACUGGCAAGGAGGGCUGGGUGCCGGCCAGCAGCCUGUCCGUCCAGCUCGGCCCGUCCGGCUCGGCCCAGUGCCUGAGCAGCUCAGAGUCGAGCCCGGGGUCGGCCGUGCUGAGCAACUCGUCCAGCUGCAGCGAGGGCGGCCAGGCCCCCUUCUCCGACCUGCAGGGGUAGCGCCGCGCAGUCUCGGCGCCGGAGACCCGCGCGCUGUCUGGGGCGGCCGCUGCGAGGGCUGGUGUGGCGUGGGGAGGGCGCAGUGCCCCCGGACGCCCCGAGGAAGGGGCGCCUCACCGCCCCGACCCAGAGCGCCUGGCCGUGCGGGCUGCAGAGGACCCCUCCAGGGCAGAGGCAGGUUCCACGGAAGACCCCGGCCCGCUGGGGCUUCCCCGGAGACUCCAGAGCCCACAGAAGAGGGGCCGCAGGGAACAGCCCCGGGCAGCAGGCGCCGGGCAGCGGCAUCUCCUCCUGGCUCCACCGUGCAGCUUCUGCCUCUGGACGGUGCUUUCAGGGGACGCGCGGACCGUGGUGGAGCUGCUUCCGGAGAAGUGGAGGACCCGCUGGCCAACGGCCUGAGGAGAGCGGGGCACGGGGUCUCUUUAUCUUUUACAAGUUUUAGGAUUUUUUUAAGCAGGGAUCAAUCCCGUGGCCAUUUUUUGUGGUACUUUGGCCUCAAUUCUUUACCAGGAAUCACUGUGUUUACAUGAAAUGACAAUUUGAUACUGUAUUUGAUAGAAAACUAUUUUUUUGUUACCGGGGUUUACAUAGAAGCACGUUGUUUAUACCACUAAAUGACUUUGGGGGGGCUCUCCCAUGGAAACGGAUGGCACUCCCUGAAGCUCCCUGGUCACAGGUGGAUGAAAACGUGUCCGUGGGUGACAUCAGGUGGUGUCUCCACCACCAAAAGCAGUUAGAAGCCAAGGAGAUUCCUUUAUCUACCUAGGGUUCAUUUUCAAAAGAAAAUUUAAACUAUAAUUUAAACAAUUAACGUUCUUUUCUACAAAAAAAAAUGCAGGGACUUGAUUUUUUUAAAGAGCUUCACUGAAUUAGGAUAUUUUUAUUGCGUUUAAAGAAAAUACAAAGAUGCAGUUUCUGCAGGGUGUGGCGUGGACCAGUGCUGCCGACCAUAGCUCAGAGAGCCCUGCCCCUGCCUCACUGCGCUGCAGCCUCCUCGGAGGCCGCACCUCCACUCCACUCCCCACGCGCCCCCUGCCUCCCACCCAGGUCCACCUGCCGCCUGGUGACCACCUUGAGUACAGAAGUGAAAGUGGGGAGAGUAUUUUAUUCAAGUCACAGCAGAACUGGAAAAAAACUCUUCUGUUUUACCAACUUCUUGUGUUUCAGAAACAUAUUCUGUUCAAAACUUUUGAAGCCCUUUCGGUGUCUGGUCUGCAGAUGUUUUUGUAUGUGUGCACCUCUGACCAUGUGUGUACAUAUGUGUCUUGCUGGAAAGGACAUAUUCGCUGUCCCCGUGCUGCUGGGAGGGCCGCCUCACAGCCUCACGGUUCCCAGCCCCAGCACAGUGGAGGCAGGCGUGGCUGCAUUCCCCUCACGCUACCCUCCCAGCGGCUUGUAGCCGUCACUGGCCAGACCUCCAGGGUGCGGAAUCAAAUAGGAAGCAUGCAGAGACUCGGCAGCUUUUCCUCUGAUGUGUAAGUUAUUUGGAACGCGUGCUGUGUCCUGCGAUGUCCCUGAUGUACUGUGCAGGCGCGGUGCCUCCGUCUCGUCGCACAGCUGCGCGCCCUUGUGUGACCCUCCCCAUAAAGGCACUUUACAGCUUCAUGUUUCAUCCACUGUCACUUUUUUUUAACUGCUGAUGUAAAUGGAAUUUUAAAAGCAGAGUUCUUUAUUGUAUGGAUGACGUUUGAAUAAAUAUCAGCAACUCCUGCCA